AUCUUUGCUAAAGCGUUUUGUCCUGCAGUCUGGUCGUAAAACUAAAACACGUGGAGUCGGAGAAAACAGGAGAAAAUACAGGGAUACAGGGUGCGUCUAAUUUCAAAAACGGAAUAAAACUACAUUUACAGAUCAGUAAGUGAAAAAACGUAGAGAAACAAAUAACAAUGGCUAAGAAAAAAGUAAAGGCUUAUGUUAAGAAGAAACGAAUAUCGGAAAGUAAAAAAAUCAAAGAGCUACAGUCUAAGUAUAAUACUAUAGACGUUAAUAAAACGAUAAAAUUCAACGACCUGCCUCUGUCGAAACUUACCUUGAAGGGUUUAGCGGAGAACAACUAUGUCGAGAUGACAGAUAUUCAGAGGCAGAGCAUCAGCUUGGCCUUACAAGGCAACGACAUCUUGGGAGCCGCGAAAACCGGCAGUGGCAAGACUCUGGCUUUCCUUAUUCCAGUAAUGGAAAUUUUGUACUGCAAACAAUGGACAAGGCUGGAUGGUCUGGGUGCGUUAAUUAUUACACCAACGAGGGAGCUGGCAUAUCAAAUAUACGAGACAUUACGAAAAGUGGGUCAAUAUCAUGAUAUUUCAGCAGGCUUGAUUAUAGGGGGGAAAGAUUUAAAGUUCGAAAAGAAACGUAUGGACCAGUGCAACGUAGUUAUAUGUACGCCAGGACGUUUGCUUCAUCAUAUGGAUGAAAACCCAUUAUUCGAUUGUGUAAAUAUGCAGAUAUUAGUGUUAGAUGAAGCCGAUCGUUGCCUAGACAUGGGCUUUGAGAGGACUAUGAAUUCCAUCAUUGAAAAUUUACCAGUCAAAAGACAAACCUUGCUCUUUUCAGCAACUCAGACAAAAUCUGUGAAAGAUCUAGCAAGGUUAAGUCUUAAAGAUCCCUUGUAUGUGUCUGUGCAUGAACAUUCUACUCACACCACACCAGAGGGUCUGCGACAGAGUUACAUUGUGUGCUCUUUAGAAGAUAAAAUAGCAAUGCUGUGGUCUUUUAUAAGAAAUCAUACAAAGCAAAAGAUUAUUGUGUUUCUUUCCAGUUGUAAACAAGUGAAAUAUGUGUAUGAAGCGUUUUGUCGACUGCGGCCGGGAGUCAGUUUAUUAGCGCUUUAUGGCACUCUUCAUCAGAUGAGAAGAAUGAACAUUUACGAAUCAUUUUGCAAAAAGCAGCACGCCGUUUUAUUCGCGACUGAUAUUGCUGCUCGCGGAUUAGACUUUCCUGCUGUAAAUUGGGUGAUCCAAAUGGAUUGUCCAGAAGACGUCAAUGCCUACAUACAUAGAGCAGGCAGAACCGCCAGAUUUAAAAGUGAUGGUGAAUCUCUUUUGGUUUUGCUACCAUCCGAGGAAACGAUAAUCGAGAGACUCAAGCAAUGUAAAAUCCCAAUAAAUAUGAUAACAAUUAAUCAAAACAAACUACAAUCACCACAUCGUAAACUCGAAGCUUUAUUGGCGCGAGAUGUAACUUUGAAAGAAACUGCUCAAAGAGCUUUUGUGUCAUAUAUCAAAUCAGUUUUUCUAAUGAAGGAUAAAGAGAUCUUCAAUGUACAUGCUUUAAACACAGACGCAUAUGCCAAAUCGUUAGGCUUAGCUAUACCUCCGAGAAUUCGAUUUUUACAAAGAAUGCAGAAGAGAAUAUCGAAUAACAACGUUAAGACUGAGAAAGAAGUAGAUCAAAUUUUAACUAAUUCAACAGAUAAUAAGGAAGAUAGUGAAAACAAUUUUGAUAAAAGUGAUAUUCCCGAUAAUACAAAUAAUGAAAAAAGAAAAAGUGAAAAGGAAGCUAGUACUCUUUGCUUUGACGAUAGUGACGACGAGGAUAUAUUAACUGUAAAAAGAAAAAAUGUGGAUAUUGAUGAUAUUCCAGUGAUAGAAAAUGAAAAUAAAAAGACGAACAAAAAGAAAUCAAUUACAAACGUCGCAUUGGCCAAAAAGAUUCUCAAGAAAAAAAUUGUACCCAAUAAGAAAACCUUGUUUGAUAAUGAGGGACAAGAAAUAAUCAAUUCUACAAAAAUGAAAAUGUCAGAAUUAGCACGACAAUACGAGAAUGAAGUCGAUUCUGGUAUUAAUAUCGAAAUGGCUAAGCAAGUUUUACGCGAGGAAGAUCAAUUCGAUAAACAAAGAUUUAGAGAAAAGAUUAAAGAAAAACACAGAGAGGAGAAAAGGAAACUGAAAGCUGUUAAAAAAGCAGAAACAAAGGAUGAAGAGGACGCAGGUGACGAAGGCAACGAAGGCGAUGAAGACUACGAUUACAGUAGUGAAAGUGAAGAUCCAGAUCUUUCAUGGUUACCUGAUCCAGAUAAAAUAUACGGCAAGCAACAAGAUGAAGAUAAAGAAAUAUCGUCUGCCAACGAGUCUAAAAAAGAUGAAGAAUCCGAGGAAGAAAGCAUAAUUCAUAGGCCAUCCAAAAGAAAAUUGGUGACGCAAGAAGAGUACAAAGGAACCAAGAAGAAACGAAAGGUAUCAGAUAUCGUCGAGCUACAGGCUGACGAGGAAUUAGCAUUGCAAUUAUUACAGAAUUAGCAUAAAGUAUAUCUUUAGAGAAAUGUAAAUUUAUACAUUUUAUUUAUGAAUGCAGCGGUAUGUACACUUUACAAUAUAACGAUGUGUCUUAACAAUAAAGUGUAAUUUUACAUUA